AUGGAGGUGAUGGAGGGGAGAAGUUCGUCCAACGACUUGUCGAGUGCACCUCCCAGCGAUGAGGAAAGCACCCCAGGACCGCUCAGUCAUUUAACGACCGCAAACCACGGGGCUCGCGAUAGCAAUUCAGCAGGCACCUUUGGUGUUGCAAGUUUCGCAGGUGCAGGUGCAGGUGCAGGUGCAUCAGCCACAGGCGCAGCUGGUGGCGCACUCCGCCAAGACAAUCGUGACGCCACUGUCACCGUCACCAGCCUGACCACUGGCAACACGCUGCAGCCACCGCCAAAGCGGGUGUACAAACCUCGCAAAAAGAAGGAUCCGAAUGCCCCUCCUGGCCCUGAGAAGGAAAAGAAAGAGCGCGUUACGAACCGUCGUGCUCGUGGCGCUUCAUCUACCACCAGUGUCCCUCGCAAAAAGCCAAAACUGGAGGCAACAGAUGCAAAUAGCACCAUCGACAUUCCAGGACCACAGAGCGCAAGUCUGCAGUCAUCCACCCUGGUUCAGCCCGUCGCGUUCUCCUCUCGAUCCCCGGUCGAGUUUCGUCCCAAUGAAGCAGCCAGGCCUACAGAGACGGGCGCUCCAGUACAUGAACCUUCCACACGCUCCCAGAUGCCCUCGCAACAAUCGUACAGCUACAGUUCUAGUUUCCAGAGCGCCGUCCAAACGCCUGCGCCCCGCUCCACCGGCAUGUACGAUCCUAUCAGAUCAGUGACUCGACCUGUUGAGGGCCCUCAACCUUCUUCCGCUUCUUUGCGACCGGCUCAUACUCCCCCGAGGCCGAUAUACAACCCAAGCACAUCUCCUGCCAUCUCGGGAAUCAUCGAUCAUCCAACAGCGCAGAGCUUUAAGAGCUCGAGCAUAUCAAUCAGUCAUCAACCCAAGGUGGAACCGUCAUACGGCCAGCCCAAUGGCAGACCCACGCUUUCACCACCGAUGGCUGGCAACCCGACCCCAAUGGACCUCGACUCCGCUACUUUGGAACCUGUGCCGUCGAAAAAGGUCGUCGCUGCUUCUAAGAAGGUCGCUUCGGAGGCGCCCACUCGUGCCACGUCGCCCAAGCCAGCCCGGGCAAAAGAGCAGCCCCAUCCGCUUCCACCUGGUUCCGGUCUUCUCUCUGCCAGCCUCUUUGGCGGUGACUCAAGCAAUGGAGGGUCCCAGAAGGACUCGGGUAAAGGUCCAAAUAUUGUUUUACACAUUGAUCUGAAAGACCCCAACAACCGAGUGAUCAAUUUCGCGCGCAUGGCGGAAGAAAAGUACGGCUUUGCUGCAUUAUAUCCGCGACAAGCUGCGCAGAAAGAACGGCUGGCCAAGGUUGCGGCUGCCGGUGCUGCAUUGGAACGAUCGGCCUCGGGCAGUAAAUUCGGGGGCACGUCGGGCGGGGACAGCGGCGACGAUGACCUCAGUGUCGAUAUUGAGCGAGAUUCGGACAAUGAUGGCGACAUAGCCAUGUCAGGCGUCAACGGUGGUCAAGAGGCGGCCAACAGUGGCACCGACGGCCCUGGGCCCAAGCGACGCCGCAGAAGAAAGGUCGAAGAGUACAACCAAGACGAUCCUUUCAUCGAUGACAGCGAGUUACUAUGGGAAGCACAAGCCGCUGCCAGCAAAGAUGGAUUCUUUGUCUACUGUGGACCUUUAGUUCCUGAGGGGGAGAAACCUGCGGUUGAACGGGCGGAUGGAACCAUCAAGCGUGGCCGUGGGCGCGGCAGGGGUGGUGGUCCUGGGUCUCGCGGAGGCCGGGCAGGUGCAGCAGCAGCUGCUGCUGAAGGAGGCUCUGGUCGGAGCGGCGGACCUGGAUCUCGGGGCGGUGGAGUGACUCGCAAACCUCGGAUGACCAAGAGUGACCGAGCUCAACUGGAGAAGGAGAAGCUUCAACGUGAGAAGAUGGCGCCGCUUGUGGCUCGGCCAGCGGCAUAUCCUGGCUAG